AUGGCCACUCAGGUGAUGCUUACCCAGCGCGAACUACUCUCCCUCUCCGCAGAAGUCCGUUCGCAGGUCAGGGAAGCCACGUUGGCGCACCGAUCACCUAACAAAGACGCCAGCAAUGUUCGGACCUUCUACCAAGAUGCCAAUCUACCCUACACCAUCGAUGAUCUCAAACCACCAACUCGACCGACCGUCUCCUCCUUCGUCAAUGUCCUCCACCAGCCUAAAACACCUCUACCUGGCGUGAUCAUCAUCUUUGACAUGUAUGAAACAUAUCUGAAGAAUCUACAGCCCGGUCAGGAAGUUGAAUGCGUCAUUGAUCCGGGUUCACAAGUUAUCGCCAUGUUGGAAGGCAUUUGCAACAAACUGGCGCUCAUCUACGACCCCGAAAUUGUCCUCAAUAUGCAGUCGGCAAAUGGCAAAAUCGACUGA